UACGAGAUCCUGCUGUGCGUUCAGGACCAGGACGAUCCAGCUGUUGACGUCUGUAAAAAGUUGUUGGGAAAAUAUCCCAACGUGGACGCUCGAUUAUUCAUCGGGGGGAAGAAAGUUGGAAUCAACCCCAAGAUCAACAACCUGAUGCCGGGCUACGAAGGAGCCAAAUAUGGCCUGGUCUGGAUCUGUGACAGAGGCAUCAGAGUGAAACCUGACACCCUGACAGAUCUGACCAAUCAGAUGACAGAGAAGGUGGGAUUGGUCCAUGGGUUGCCAUAUGUUGCCGACCGCCAAGGCUUCGCCGCCACACUGGAGCAGGUGUAUUUCGGGACGUCCCACCCUCGCUCCUACAUCUCUGCUAACGUGACGGGGAUAAAGUGUGUGACGGGGAUGUCGUGCCUGAUGAGAAAGGACGUGUUGGAUCAAGCCGGGGGAUUGGUCGCCUUCGCUCAGUACAUCGCGGAGGAUUACUUCAUGGCUAAAGCCAUCGCUGACAGAGGCUGGAAGUUCUCCAUGGCGACACAGGUGGCGCUACAGAACUCUGGGUCGUACUCCAUUGCCCAGUUCCAGUCCCGCAUGAUCAGGUGGACCAAGCUGAGGAUCAACAUGCUGCCUGGGACCGUGCUGGAGCCCGUCUCCGAGUGCUUCCUGGCCAGCCUCAUCAUUGGCUGGGCUGCUCAUUAUGUGUUCAGGUGGGACAUGAUGGUCUUCUUCAUGUGUCACUGUCUCGCCUGGUUCCUGUCGGACUACAUCCAGCUGACUGGAGUUCAGGGCGGGCCGCUGUGCUUCUCCAAGCUGGACUUUGCGGUGGCGUGGUUCAUCAGGGAGUCGAUGGCGGUGCAGAUCUUCCUGUCGGCUCUGUGGGACCCGACCAUCAGCUGGAGGACCGGCCGGUACCGGCUGCGCUGCGGCGGCACCGCCGAGGAGAUCCUCGACGUCUAGUUACCAUGGCAACGGGCAACUUCCUCAUCCUCCUGGAGACCAGGAUGAGGAGGAGACGAGAGAAAGAGACUGAUGUUUGUUUUUGUUUUUUUAUGAGAGAAAAACUGAAGAGUGUGUGUUGGUGUGCGCGCGUGUGUGGGUGUGUGUGUGUGUGUGUGUGUUUAACUAUUUAUGUUCCUUUUGGUGCUAAGCUGAAUGAUGCCAGAACAAGCCAAUGAGAGUGCAGGGAGAGAGUGACGCAUCGCACUGAAUUGGCUGAUCUUAUAUCGGCGCUGAUCUCUGAACCAAUCAACUUUAAUGUUUCAGGAAGUCUGAAAUAAUAAUCUGAGCUGAUUUAAACACGACAGCAUUUAUACUAUAUACAGAAUAUUUUACUUUGAAAACCAUGGGAGCUUGGAUUCUGAUGAUUUUCAAACUAAAACAUCUGACUUCUCUGUCAGCAGGAAGUCGUCCGUCGUGGUUAAAGGGGACUCGACGGUUCCUGACUUGAGGAGGUGAAUUAUCUCCUUUCACACGUCUGGUUAGAAGAACAGCUCCCCGCUGGACGUCCGUGUGAAAACAGAUAAAACCUCAGAU